AAAGUGUGAGUCAGUUUCCUUCCUGUGGACUGUAGAGGACACAAAUGUUAGACUGUGUGUGUGUGUGUGUGUGUGUGUGUGUGUGUGUGUGUGUUUUCGUUCCUCUCAGACUGACUUCACAUCAGAAGAAUGGAGGAAGAGGAGCACAGAGCCGAGUCUCCGGUGUCCAGCUGUCUGUCCACGAGGAGUGACUUUUCCAAAGAUGAACCUGGACUCUCAGACACAAAAGAGAGGAAGAGGAGUCAUGUUUCUGUGGAGGAGCAGCCGUCCUGCUGUGUUUUGUGUCAGGACGUCCUGAAGGAUCCAGUCUCUACCAGCUGUGGACACUGGCUCUGCAGACAGUGCAUCGCCUCAUACUGGGACCAGUCUGCUUCAUCAGGAGAGUCCUCCUGUCCCCAGUGUGGAAAAAGAUCCAGAACAAGACCUGGACUGCAGACAGCCAGUCAGACCUGCACUGUGCAAACAGAUAGUGAUCUUCAGGAGGUUUCAGAUGAACAUAAGAUCAGUCUGAGGAGGAGAUGUGAAUGUGUGACUGAAGGAAGUGAUGAACCAGGAAGUGGAACCCUCCUCAACAGGAUCUACACUGAGCUCUACAUCACAGAGGGACAGAGUGAAGAGGUUAAUACCCAACAUGAGGUGAGGCAGCUUGAGACAACUUCCAAGACAAAGACCCUCCAUGAGACUCCAAUCAAGUGCCAGGACAUCUUUAAAGCCUUACCUGACCAGCAGAGACACAUCAGAGUCGUUCUGACGAACGGCGUCGCUGGCGUUGGAAAAACCUUCUCAGUGCAGAAGUUCAGUCUGGACUGGGCAGAGGGCUUGGAAAACCAAGACGUCAGCCUGGUGGUUCUGCUUUCGUUCAGGGAGCUGAACUUGAUCAGAGAUGAGCAGUACAGUCUUCUGACGCUGCUCCAUGUUUUCCAUCCAACAUUACAGAAGGUGACAGCAGAGAAGCUCGCUGUCUGUAAGCUUUUGUUCAUCUUUGACGGCCUGGAUGAAAGCAGACUUUCACUGGAUUUCCACAACAAUGAGGUUUUGUCUGAUGUCUCGCAGAAGUCAUCAGUCAACGUGCUGUUGACAAACCUCAUCAAGGGGAAGCUGCUUCCCACGGCUCUCGUCUGGAUCACUUCCAGACCCGCGGCGGCCAAUCAGAUCCCUCCUGCAUGUGUUGACAGGGUAACAGAAGUACGAGGCUUCACUGAUGCCCAGAAGGAGGAGUACUUCAGGAGGAGAUUCAGUGAUGAAGAUCUGUCCAGCAGAAUCAUCUCACACAUCAAGACCUCCAGGAGCCUCCACAUCAUGUGUCAAAUCCCAGUCUUCUGCUGGAUCACUGCUACAGUUCUGGACCACAUGUUGACUACAGACCAGAGAGGAGAGCUGCCCAAGACCCUGACUGACAUGUACUCCCACUUCCUGCUGGUUCAGACAAAGAGGAAGAAGCAGAAGUAUGAUGAGGGACAUGAGACGAGUCCACAGGAGCUGAUGGAGGCUGAAAGGGAAGUCCUUCUGAAGCUGGGGAGGCUGGCCUUUGAACAUCUGGAGAAAGGAAACAUCAUGUUCUACCAAGAAGACCUGGAGCAGUGUGGUCUUGAUGUCACUGAGGCCUCUGUGUACUCUGGAGUUUGUACAGAGAUCUUCAAAAGAGAGUGCGUGAUCUUCCAGAAAACAGUUUACUGCUUCGUUCAUCUGAGCGUUCAGGAGUUUCUGGCUGCAGUCUACAUGUUCCACUGUUACACCAGCAGGAACACAAAAGUACUGAAGGGUUUCCUGGGAAAAAAACACAUUAAUUCAACCCUUGAUGUCUUCCUGAUGGGAGCCAUGGUGACAUCCCUGAAGAUGAAAAAUGGCCACCUUGACCUGUUUGUUCGCUUCCUUCAUGGCCUCUCUUUGGAGUCCAACCAGAGACUGUUUGGAGGCCUGCUGGGUCAACCAGACAACCAUCCAGAGAUCAUCCAAAGAAUCAUCCACAACCUGAAGGAGAAGAGGACCAGUGUCUCUCCUGACAGAUGCAUCAACAUCUUCCACUGUCUGAUGGAGAUGAACGACCGCUCAGUACAUCAGGAGAUCCAAGAGUUCCUGAAGUCAGAGAACAGAAAAGAAAAGAAACUCUCUCUGAUCCACUGCUCAGCUCUGGCCUACAUGCUGCAGAUGUCAGAGGAGGUUGUGGAUGAGUUGGACGUGAAUAAGUACAAAACGUCAGAAAAGGGACGACAGAGACUGAUUCCAGCUGUGAGGAACUGCAGAAAAGCUCUACUUUCCGGACUCUCAGAGACUCACUGUGAAAUCGUGGUCUCAGCUCUGAAGUCCAACCCUUCCCAUCUGAGAAAACUGAACCUGAAUAACAACUACCUAAUGGAUUCAGGAUUGACCCUUCUGUCUGCUGGACUGGAGAGUCCAAACUGCAGACUGGAGACUCUGAGCUUGAGUCACUGCAGGUUCUCAGAGAUCGGCUGUGCUUCUCUGGCCUCAGCUCUGAAGUCCAACCCCUCCCAUCUGACAGAACUGGACCUGAGCUACAACACGCUGAAGGAUUCGGGAAUGAAGCUGCUGUGUGAUUUUCUGGAGAGUCCAGACUGUAGACUGCAGACUCUGAGGUUGAGGUUCUGCAGUUUGUCAGAGGUCAGCUGUGGUUCUCUGGCCUCAGCUCUGAAGUCCAACCCCUCCCAUCUGACAGAACUGGAGCUGACUAACAACAAUCUGUAUGACUCAGGCGUGAAGCUGCUGUCUGCUGGACUGGAGAGACCAGACUGUAGACUGGAGACUCUGCACUUGAGGUACUGCGGCUUGACAGACGUCAGCUGUGCUUCUUUGGUCUCAGCUCUGAAGUCCAACCCCUCCCAUCUGACAGAACUGGACAUGAGUAACAACAGUCUGCAGGAGUCAGGAGUGAAGCUGCUGUCUGAUCUGGUGGAGAGUCCAGACUGUAGACUGAAGACUCUGAGAUGGGAUCCAUAUAGGUAUUGAUGAAGAGGAUGUGCGUUCGUGCUGGGAGCCGAUCAGCUGCGUCCUGAUGAUCCAGAGAGGUUGAAGCAGCGGCAGCAGCUUGUGGGUGGAGAGGCUCUGACUGGGCCAUGUUACUGGGAGGUAGAGUGGAGAGGAGAGCUUUGUUUCUGUUGCAGCGCCACCCUGUGCAUCGAUGGAGUGUUGCAGUUUAUUUCCACAUAUUUCUAAUUAACACUUUCAGUUGAUAUUACAUGUAUAUACUGUAUUUACCUCUCUGAAGUUGUGGUUUUUUACACCAGUAUCAGACUUUUCUCGUACUCUGACAGAUUUGUUCGUAACAAACAAAGAAGUAAAUAAAACCUGAAUAAAUUCUGGGUUCAGGCUUCACUUCAGUUUCUCAGAUGACUACAAACAGAUUAUGUCUGGAUUUUGGCGGAAAGUUAGCUCAUAAUAUUUCCUUUUGGAUAUCAUUUAUGUAAAAAUUAUGUUUGAUGAUUAUUAAUGUGUAAAAAUCUGAAUUGAUUAACUAUAGAUAGAUUAUUGCCGUUAUAUAUUAAUGAUGUUUAUGAAUUGAUGAGACAUCAAAAUAAUCCUGAUCUGUUUUCGUUGGAAAAUCAAUAAAUCAUGUUUCUGAGGCCGAAUGAAGAAGCAAAGGAUUGAACAGACACCAGAGGAGCUCUGUGGAAAUAACUGAUGGGGUUUGUAUUAUGCUGCAGAAAUCUGCAGGGCUGGACAGGAUGAACUAAGAUUACAUGUGAUCAGUGGUUUAGCACAGAAAUCAAACAUUAAUGCAUCUACCUGAAUCAACAACAGAACACAUGAAUGUACAGUCGUUCCUCUCGGACUCGUCUUCAUUAGACUCACAAGACACAGAGACAUAAGACAAAGAUGAAGAGACGUCCGACUCCUACACAGAUUAUUAUUAUUAUUAUAUCAUGUUAUAAAUAGUUUAGACUAAAGCUAAAACUUCAGUUCCUAUUUGUCACUCUUGCAGCUUGAUGAUCAGUAAUGAGAAUCUUAAGAUAUUGAUGCAUUAAAAACUUCAGGCUUUACUCUGAUGCAUCGUUUCAUUCACCGUCUUCAUGCUGCAGCGCUUUGUUUGGAGUCAAACUGACACAGUGGAUUUGCUGCACAUGAGGAGAUCAUGCAUGAAGUUUUUAAACUAAAGUGUUGGACAUCAUAUUUCCUGCUGCAUCAGUGGGUCACAGUUUUAUGUGGGACCCUGCGAGUUUCAUCCUCAGAAACAUUGUUGAAGCUGGUUUCACCUCCUGCUGGAGCUGCUUUCUUCCACCAGGUGUCACCAUUUUCCCGUGUUUUCACAGCGGUUUGACUGGACUGCUGAUGUGAGCUCUUUCUCUCUGACUGCUGCAGACUGAUCAUAGUUUAGU